AUGUCCGACAUCAGCAUGCCGUCGCCCGACGGCACCCAGCGAGAUGAAGAAAAGGUUAUGCAAAACUCCGUAUCGGGGAGCCCCGCUCUGGAUACAGCUCUCCCACCAGAGGGAGGCCUUCGAGGUUGGCUAUGUUGCGCUGGUGCUUCCUUGGGUCUGUUUGCAACCUUGGGCUUUUUAAACGCCAUUGGUGUCUUCCAAACCACUUAUCAAGAGACUCUCUUGAAAGAUUAUACCUCUUCAGACAUCUCAUGGAUCUUUACAAUCCAGCUCGCUCUUAUAUGGGCUCCAGGUUCCCUAUUCGGCCGCAUUGUAGAUACCUAUGGACCGCGCCCGGUCAUACUCCCCUGUUCCCUUCUCUGUAUGUUCUCACUGUGCAUGACGAGUCUUAGCACCAAAUACUAUCAAAUCAUCUUGGCACAGGGAAUUGGCUAUGGGCUCGGAGCUGGGGGUAUUUUCACCACCAGCUUAGUCUGCGUUGGCCAGUGGUUUGUCAAGCAGCGAGGUCUUGCUAUGGGGGUUACUGUUGCGGGUAGUAGUAUUGGGGGCGUGAUAUUCCCAUUCUUUUUGCAACUGGUUAUGGAAGACGUGGGAUUUCCUGGCAUGGUACGCUAUACGGCGCUGUUCAUAGGCAUCGCUCUAGUUGGCUCCUUCUUUCUUCUCAGUGCACGCCUACCUGCUAAGAAAUGGGACUCAAAUAUGGCAUGGUUUGAUGUCAAACUGUUCAAAAACCGAGGCUUUGCUUUCUAUGCCCUCGGCUCAUACUUUAUGAUGUGGGGAUUAUGGGCCCCUUUCGAUUUUCUCCCUAGCAUGGCUCAAUUGUCCGGAAUACCGGAUUCGCUGGCCCUCUACCUGAUCGCUAUCAUGAAUGCUGCUUCACUUUUCGGACGAAUUAUCCCCGGACACAUUGGAGACAAGGUGGGAUACUUCAAUGUCAUAGUCGCAUCCGCCUUUUUCAGCUGCAUUGCGAUUCUCUGCUUAUGGCUGCCUUUUGAUUACCAUUCUUCAAAUGCGGGCCUCAUCGUUUUUGCUGUGGCUUAUGGAUUUUUUAGUGGCGCCUUUGUUAGCAUCAUGAUGCCGUGUUGCGCAAAGUCUGGCAGCAUAGAGACUCUGGGGAGACAGAUCGGUACUUAUCAGGGUGUAAUCGCGAUCUCCACUCUUACUGGCCUGCCGAUCAUGGGAGCUAUCCUGGGAACCGAGCAUAAUUCAACGUAUAUGGGCAUGCAAGUAUUUGCCAUUGCGACCAUGUUUCUCGGUUUCUUGUUCCUCUUGGUUUCUCGAAAUGUUCUGGCUGCGGCUCACGGAACCUGGAGAUACUGA